AUGUGGGCUCCAACAAAAGCCAGUUCAGCCACCAACGGCGUGAAAAAGUCACUAGCUCCCUACGAGUUUGACCCUUCUGACCCCUACAACUUCUCGCGGCGGGCUGUUGACCAGCUGCGCCCCAUGAAGGUCAUUGUCCUAGGUGGUGGAAUGUCGGGCAUCAUUACAGGAAUCUUCUUUCCUCGAGAAAUUGAAAACCUUGAGCUCACGAUCUAUGACAAAAAUCCAGACCUCGGGGGGACCUGGUUUGAAUCCAGAGGCCCAUUCGACAGAUACCCCGGUGUGGCAUGCGACGUGCCAUCUCAUGCCUAUCAAUUUACAUUCGAAAGCAACCCCAAGUGGAGCCGGUACUGGGCCAGUGGGCCCGAAAUCCAGGAGUAUCUCAAAUCCGUUGCUAAGAAAUACGGCGCGGAUAAGUACAUGAAAUUCAACCAUACAGCUGAGAAGGCUGAGUGGGAUGAGGCAAAGGGCAAAUGGACGGUAACAUUUACCAAAACUGACACCAAUGAGGCUGACUCUUUGCCUUCAUUCCAGGUCGUUACAGACACCGCCGAUGCUGUAGUGCAGGCCGUGGGUGCACUGAACAAGUGGAAGAUGCCCGAUAUUAAAGGACUCGACAAGUUCAAAGGCAAGCUGAUGCACUCUGCCCACUACGAUACCAGCUUUGAUGCGACAGGAAAGAGAGUGGCUUUGAUCGGUGGUGGUUCUAGUGGGAUCCAGAUCCUUCCCCAGCUCCAGGCCGUAGCUGCACGCGUGGACCACUACAUGAAAGGGAAAACCUGGAUUCCGCCAUUCGGCCUUGGGGCGGCUGGUGUACUGAACCGUAAUGGAGACCCGAAUACUCCACAAGAGGAACUCGACCAAUGGAGAGAUCCCGAGAGGUACCUCGAAUACCGACGCAAGAUCGAAAGCAGCCUACACGAAGCUUCAGAUGUGCUUUGGAAAGACACUCCGAGUGCCAUUGGUUUCCAAAAGAUGUGCGAGGACCACAUGCGUGCCAAGCUAGCCAAGAAACCCGAGAUUUUCGAGGCCCUGUGCCCGACAUUCGCUCCAGCCUGCCGUCGCCUGACUCCAGGUCCUGGGUACCUCGAGGCAUUGGUCGAGGACAACGUAGAAUUCAUCCCGACCCAGAUACAAGAAUUUGUGGAAGAUGGAAUCAUCACUGAGGAUGGGAAGAAACGAGAGGUCGAUGCGAUUAUCUGUGCAACUGGCUUUGCUGGGUAUAAGCAACACUUUCCAGUUAUCGGAAAGAACGGGAUCAAUCUCCAAGAUCAGUGGGAGAACAACAUUCCCGAGUCUUAUGUAGGGAUUGUGCCAGAGAACAUGCCAAAUUUCUUCGUCAUGCUAGGUCCAAAUGGCGGGCCAGGGGUUGGCUCCACGGUACCCUUCUUGGAGAGCGUGGCCAAGUAUGCCAUUAUGUGCAUACAAAAGUUACAACGAGAAUGGUACAAAUCUAUGACGGUGAAGGCCGCCGUAAUCAAGGAUUUCGGUGAAUAUACCGAUGAGUACCUUGAACCAACAGUCUUCAACUCAAGUUGCAGGUCCUGGUGGCGACACAAAGGCGACGGGCGCAUCCUCGCGCUUUGGCCGGGCAGCGCUCUUCAUGGCAUCUACGUUUGGUCUCACCCCCGUUGGGAGGACUACGAAUAUGUUCUGAAGGAUGAGCUUAAAGGCCCACCCGUAAGGGCUGGCGGCCCCUAG